ACACGGCUGGGGACGCAUACAAAAUUUGUAUUACAAAUAGCUCCUCACGCAACGCACCCAUCCACAAGCCUCUGUCGAUCGCAACUGCUCGAUUCUUUCCCUUCUGCCGCCCGCCACCACCUUUGGCAUCAGCGCACCAUCUCCGCGGCAUUCUUUUCUCUCCGUAGACUCUAAGUCUCUAACUUCCCCAUUCUUUCUCUCCCUCUACAACUUUCUCGCUCCUCGUCGUCGUCGAUCUCCAUGGCCGCCAAACCUUCAGACACCGGGAGCAACGACAAGCAGGAGUCCAAGGCGAUGGCGGACGUGUACAGCGGCGAGCUCACGCCGCUGCAGAGGCACGUCGCCUUCUUCGACAGGGACAAGGACGGCGUCAUCUACCCUGCCGAGACCUACGAAGGGUUCCGCGCGAUCGGGUGCGGCGUCGCGCUGUCCGUCGCCGCCGCCGUCUUCAUCAACGGCUUCCUUGGACCCAAGACGAUACCGGAGAACGAGAAGACUCCACCUUUCAAAUUCCCCAUAUACGUGAAGAACAUUCACAAGGGCAAGCACGGAAGCGAUUCAGGAGUGUACGAUGCCCAUGGAAGGUUCGUUCCUGAAAAGUUUGAGGAGAUUUUCGAGAAGCACGCCCACACCAGGCCUGAUGCCCUAACAAGCAAAGAGCUGCAGGAGCUGCUCCAAGCAAACAGGGAACCUAAAGAUUUCAAAGGAUGGCUGGGUGGCUUCACGGAGUGGAAGGUGCUUUACGCCCUCUGCAAAGACAAGGAGGGGUUUCUUCACAAGGAUACCGUCAGGGCAGUCUAUGAUGGCAGCCUGUUUGAAAGCUUGGAGCAAGAGAGGAAGUCUAAGAAGGAGUCUGCUAAAAAGAAAUGAUAAGGACGUCCGACGUCCUCGACAUCAUAUUGUGAUGAAUUAUUUGUAAAUUGUGGUGCGAGUGUGCAUGUUGAUCUGUAAGUCAACACUGUGAGAAGGUCAUCACGUCAGAAAUCAGAUUUAUUUCAUUGAUUGGUCGAUGAUCAAGGAUUAUAU